GUGUCCCAGGGACUGGCUGACGCGCGGCCCCUGCAGGCUCUCCGCCGCGCUCCUGCCGCGGCCGCGAAGCCCCGCCGGCUCCUGCCCGGGCCAGUGCGCCUGCUGCCCGCAGCCGCCCGCCGCCUUCCGCCCGCCGCCCGGCCCGAGCGCCCGCGCGCUUCCCGGAUGGUCGCCGCGGGAAGCAGGAUGGAGCCGCGCCGCGCCGGCCCGGUCCAGGCGCUGCUGCUCUGCCUGGGUUUCCAUCUUCUACAAGCAGUUCUCAGUACAACUGUGAUUCCUUCCUGUAUCCCAGAAGAAUCUGAAGAUAACUGCACAGCUUUAGUUCAGACAGAAAACAGUCCACGUGUGGCUCAAGUGUCAAUAACAAAGUGCAGCUCUGACAUGAAUGGCUACUGUUUGCACGGACAGUGUAUCUUCCUGGUGGACAUGAAUGAAAAUUAUUGCAGGUGUGAAGUGGGUUACACUGGCGUCCGAUGUGAGCACUUCUUUUUAACUGUCCAACAACCCUUGAGCAAAGAGUAUGUGGCUCUGACCGUGAUUCUUGUUAUCUUGUUUGUUGUCGUCGUCGCUGGUUCCCUAUACUAUUUCUGCAGAUGGUACAGAUAUCAAAAGAGUAAAGAACCAAAGAAGGAAUAUGAAAGGGUGACCUCAGGGGAUCCAGUGUUGCCACAAGUCUGAAUGAUGCCAUUGAGCUCGUGGACAGGGAUGCACCGCAUGCCUCUUAUGUUAAUAUUCCUAUUUUAUUAAUAAUAUUUAUGUUGGGUAAUGUGUUAAGACAACAUGGUGUGUUUUUAAUAUACUUGGAAAAUUUUUAUUUUUGUUUUAUUUUUGACAGACUAUUUGUUAAUGUAUAAUGUACACAAAAUAUUUAAUAUAGAAAGAAAACCGAUAUUUUUGUAAGAAAUCAUUUCCUGGGCUAAAUGCUUUAUUGAAAGCUUCAAAGCUUAUUUGUUUGCUGCACAAUGCCUGAGAGUGAGCAGUGCCCGUUUCGUUGUUCAGGAGGUGUCAGCGAAUGACAGACUUCUGUAAGCCUAAAGAUAUGGUCAAAUCGAUUUAAUAAGUAUAUUUUUCUACUCCUCAAAUCAAUGAUAAUUGGUUUGACUAUAUCAUAGUUUGAAAUAUGAGUCAACACCACUGUAUCAUGUAUUAAAACAGUAAUGCUAAUGGGAAUUGGGGAGAAGCAAAUAUAGAUCAUGUGCUAAACACUACAUGUUUGAAACAAACUAAACCCAGGAGGGCUAUACUCCGUCCACCCGCUUCCUCAGCUAUAGCUAGAUGUUUAUCUGUCUGGAGGGAAAGUGACGGGAAAGUAGCCAAUUCCCUAUUCCAAACCACAAUUCCUGCAGACACUGAUCACUCAUCUCAUAGAUUCUCCUUAAGUGAAAUGAAUUAAGAACUUGUUUUAUACCAUCUUUUAUGUAAAUAGCAAGUAUUUUAUAUCCCCACAAGGUUCCUUUUUUUAAAAGUACAUUUAUGUGCAGUAACUGUUGCUCAUAAGACAAUAAAAAAAAUCCACAAUUGAAGCCAAAAUUUGUGCUUCUUUUUAAGAUUAUUUAUAUUCAUAAGGACUUUGCAGAAGAAUUCUAAAGUUAAAUCAGUCCAAAAUUUGAUGGACUAAUCAUUAUUUUAAAGUCUAAUAUAAGACAGUCCUUCUAUAUGUUGUCUAACGAUGGAAAUCCAGUUAUUUAAUUUUCCAUACAAGAGAUUUUCAACUUAAAACCGUGCAGUAAGGAGCUUCUUCUACAAUUUAAAAUUAUAUAUUAAAAAUUAUAUCCCAAUGCAGGAAGUGGGAAAAAUUAAUUGUAGUGUAUUUUUCCAAAUGAACAAAUUCAUUUGAAAGCUUUUAAAAUUUAGAGACUUAACCACACCUUCCUAUGGAGACUGAGGUGAUACCAGGGUCCUGUUUUCUGUCUUUUGUUUAUGCUUUGGAAGAAACUAAGGUUGCUCCUGUGCUUGGAGCCCAUGGUCUCAAUGAGUUAAUAAGGGUACUUGGGGCAACCACAUAAGGAGCCACAGCUGUCGCCACCACCAGAUCUCCUGGGAGACUGCCUCAUUGAAUGCUAGACCUUUGGGUCAAGUCUCUCAGGGUCACACACCUGGUCUCUUCUUCUUCCACCUUUUUUCCUGGCAUGUACUAGGGCAACAAAGAGAACAGAAGAGAUGGCUCAUCUCUAAAGGGCCAGGUACCAGGACUUGCCUCCUAUAUAUGUGUCCCUGCAUUACAUACCCUGGUGCAUUCACGUGACUCUUAUCCAAAGUCCUCGAUCUGGUCCCCUACUAUUAGGGGAAAAAACGAACAUGUAUAUACGUAUGUAUAUAUAUGUGCCGAUUCAUAUGCACACACACUUGUACACACGAGCUCAAUCAGAAUUACAGUCAUCUGUUGCUCUACCAACAAUAUAUAAAACUAAAAAACAAAGAGAAAUAAAAUAAAAUUCAGUGAGAUCCAAAAGGAUAUUUCUGUUUCCCAUUUAAUAUAGCUGAAGUCAAAUGUGCUGUGUAAGAACACAUUUUAAAUCCUACACAUACUUAUUGACACCUACUGUAUGUAAAGGAAAUCUGUCUAUUUUAAGUGAUUUUGAUUGUUUCAAGGAAAAUUUAUUGACUAAGUAUGAAAUCAGCUGCAAUCCAUUUUUUUUAUUUAAGAAAAGGGAGUCAUAUUGGUCUAUCGUAAGCAUCUCAAUUCAUAUUAUAUAACUAAUUGUAAGUAGUUUGUGGUGUUUUUAAUCUUUAUUUAAGAAUGCUUAAAACAUGAACCACUGUAAAAGUUAAAUCUUUAUUUAUAAAUGCGUGUUAAAUAAAAAGGUAUGAUCCAAAUAGCUUUUUUUUGUGUGUGAGGAAGAUUAGCCCUGAGCUAACAUCUGCCAAGCCUCCUUUUUUUUUUUUUCUGCUGAGGAAGACUGGCCCUGAGCUAACAUCCGUGCCUAUCUGCCUCCACUUUAUAUGGGUCGCUGCCACAGCAUGGCUUGCCAAGAGGUGCGUCGGUGCACGCCCAGGAUCUGAACCGGUGAACCCGGGCCGCUGCAGCAGAGUGCGUGCACUUAACCACUUGCGCCACUGGCCCGGCCCCCCAAAUAGCUUUUUAUGGGUGAAAAUAAGUAAAAAAUAACUGUUUUAAUAAGGAUACCAUUGAAAAAAUAUAAAAAAUGAUUGCUGUCAUCUCAUGUUUCCGACAAACAAUGGAACGACUUUGGCUCACAUUUAGUCUAUUUUCCUCAUUUUACAGAUUUCUCCCUAUACACAGCUCUAGAAGAGGCUAUUUAUAUCCAACAAAUUGAGAACAAAUGCAAAUCCAAUGCAUAAAUGCAGAAUUUAUGGCUUCCCACCCAGGCCAUACAAUAACUAGUUUGACACUCUCUAUGACCAAGGACAUAAAGUUCUAUGGUUGGUACUAAAGGUUUAACCUCAAAAUUGAGAUUUAUGUAAUAUAUUAAACAUGUAUAAUACAAUAGAAUUCAAUGUUGUUCUCAACGUUUUUUGCUGUCAUCUCCCUGCCAAAAGUCAAAGCAACGGAAGAAAUGGUGCCCUGGUAUGACUAUGUCUUAACCCAGAUUUUAAUUUUGGAGUCCUUGAGAAGAGAGUUAGCUAAAUUCAACUGCAGUCAGAUAGCCAAUCAAUUUUUGUGCAGCAAAAGCAUGAUACUAGUUUCUAAUUUCUGUUGAUUCCAAUAAUGCACUUUUUAAAAAUUCACUUUGUCAUUUUUGCUGCGAUAUCUAUUCUGUAGACUUUUGGGAAAAAAAAUGUGUUUAAUUUGCUGCCCAAUGUUUUCUGGUUUUUUUCCUACUCUUAUUCAUAUGGGAGAAAGGGGGUAACAACUUGUAUAAACAGUGUUCUGGAGUACACUUUAAUGUUUUAACUAAAGAAUAAUUUUAUCUAAAUCAUAUCUGUUAUUCAAAUUGGAUGAUGUUAAAUGUGAGAUAUAUAUUUUUCUCUUUGCUUUUUUUGCACUCUGUAAUUGCACUUUUUAAGUUUGAAGAGUCGUGUUGGUAUACAGUUUAUGUUAAAGAUGCUAUGGAACAUAAAGUUGUAUUGCAUACAGUUUAAAUAACUUAUUUGACAGUGAAUUUUAUCAGAGUACUGAAUUGUAUCAAUUUGUUUGUGUUCAGUAUCAGCUUUGAUAAUUGUGUACCUUAAGAUAUUGAAGGAGAAUAUUGAUACUUUACAAGAUAUUGUUAAUGUUUAUUUAUUUUUGUUGGGAACUGGAAAAAAAAACACAGUUGAAAAAAAUGUGUUAAGCACCAUGCAUAAAAAAUUUCACUGAUAAACAUAGUCUCUUUCAUUUUUUUUCCUUUUUCUUUUUUUCCAUAAUACAUUAAAGG